AUGCCACGUUUACCACGAAAAGCAGAGCGCAAAGUAUUACAAGAAAACAAGACGGAUAAUACUAGAAUAGAGGAAAAGCAGUCCGCAAACGAAAAUGCGGACACUCAAUUUUCAAAAGGCCCGAAGUACAAUACUAUAGAACAAUCUGAUCUUGUAUAUUCGGAAUAUGAUCGAAGCUCGAUUACACCGCAAAUGAAUUACCAAUCAACUAUACAAUCACAAAUAGAUUUGGAUAAUGAUGAUGAUCCUUUUGGCUUCGAAGAAGCCGAGAAGAAAGUCAAAGAAUUUCGAAAAAGCAAUCAUGGUUCAGAAAAAAAUCAUUUAGAAGACUAUGACGAAGAGGCUCAAAAUCGAAGAGAAUUAAAAGAAGUAAUGGAUGGUGUCUUAAUACAAGAUGUCUACGAAUCAAAUUUAAAUGCAGACCAGUCCGAAAUUGAACAAAGCAUUUUGCAUAGCAUAUAUGACGACGUACAAACUGAUACAGAUGGCAUUGAUUAUCUCGCCAUGGAGGCGGGAAAUAAAAUACAAGGUCAAACCCAUAAACGCGAAAAUGAAGAGAGGCACAGCGAAAAUGAAGAGAGGCAUAGCGAAAAUGAAGAGAGACACAGCGAAAAUGAAGAGAGACACAGCGAAAAUGAAGAGAGACAUAGCGAAAAUGAAGAGAGGCACAGCGAAAAUGAAGAGAGACAUAGCGAAAAUGAAGAGAGACAUAGCGAAAAUGAAGAGAGACAUGUCAAAAAUUCUUCAUCUUCUUCACAAUCUCGCAAAAAGAGAUCAAAUAGACGAUCACGUAAAUCACGUAACGAAAUUGCUGUUGAAACAAAAAAAGAUAUCAUGAAAACAAAUGAAUUGCAAGCUCUCUUACCUCGUAGAAGGCGCGUAAAGUAUGACCCUAAAGGAAAAAAAGUGAAGAAUAGUGAUACGUCAGAAAAUGAUGAUUUUGAGAACAAGGAAGAUAAAUAUAAGAAUGAUGGAUCGCCAAAAAGAAAAAAACAUAAACCCGAUCAAAAAGAGAAACCCAAUAAGAAACACGAUGAAAACAUAGAUGAGGUUGCAAUAAGACGACUUCAUUGUGGCUGCAAACGGGUGAUAUUAUAUGUAGAUUCAAAUUGGAAUCCAAAAGUUAGUGAUUAG